AUGGUAGAACAGCUCAGCGGGACCUACCAGACCAAGGACGCCCUACUACAAAGGUACUAUCACACCGUGUCCCCAUGGACCUCGUCUUUUGAGGAGUUCACCAUACAUCAUGUGCCCCGAGAACAAAAUGUCAGGGUCGAUCUCAUGUCCAAGCUCGCUAGUACAAAGCACCCUGGACAGCAUCAAACCAUCAUUCAAGAGACCAUCAACUCCCCCAGCUUGGACGCCAAGGUCAUCGACGUCAACGACGUUGAAGAUAAGGAGUGGAUGACCAACAUCUGGAACUACUUACAGGACGGGACAGUACCUAAAGACAAGGAUGAAGCUCGGAGAACCAAGGUAAGGUCGUCCUAA